AUUAAUCUAUACAUUCCCAAUUGAAUCUUUCACGUUUUCUGAUACAUAAACCAAACCAAUGGCCAGAAUCCCGAAUCCUCUUCUCAUUCUCUCGGCCGUAAUCUCCGUAACAUUAACUCCAUGCUCCGCUCAGACAUGUUCUAACUACAAGUUUCAGAGCGGCCAUGUCUUCGAAUCCUGCAACGACCUCUCUGUCCUCGAUUCCUUCCUCCACUACACCUACGAUUCCUCCGCCGGUAUCCUCAAAAUCGCUUACCGCCGCACCAACCUCUCGCCGGAGAAUUGGGUCGCUUGGGCCGUCAAUCCGACAUCCUCCGGCAUGGUCGGCUCUCAGGCCAUCGUCGCUUACCCGAAAAACGACGGCUCCGUCCGGGCAUACACGUCGCCGAUCGGGAGCUACUCGACGACUCUGCGAGAGGGUGGUCUGAGUUUUAACGUGUCCGGGGUGUCUGCGAGUUACAAGAACAGUGAGAUGGUUGUGUUCGCGAAUCUGGAGAUCUCCAAGAUUGUGGGAAGUGAUGGGUCGAUCAACACGGUUUGGCAAGAUGGGCCUUUGUCUUCGUCUGGCAACACUCCUCUCUCGCAUCCGACCACCGGAGAACAUGUUCAGUCCAUGUCUUCUCUCCUUCUCAAACCCAACCGCUGAAGGGUUAAAAGGUGUAAAAACGAAACGUUCAUGCCACUGUGGACGUACGAAUGGUGGUCGAGAAGUCGUGGAGAUACACAAAUAAUAUGAAAAUAAAACCACGAUUAGGUGGGAUCCAAAAGGCUCUAUGUUGUGGGGAUUUAUUGGAAAAAAAAUGAUGAUAUUAUGAUUUGAUUCUAUCUA